GUAGCGGCAUAUUGUGGGCUGUUGGAAGUCAAAAGCAACCCAAAGGAAAGAGAAAAAGUCGUUAAUAAGCGUUUAAUUAGCACAGGAUGAUUCUGCACAUUUGCCUGUUCCAAAUGCCCCCAUAUAACCAGACCCAUGAAAUUCUUAUCAAGCGAUUGGUUUUUAUAGAAAAGCCAUUUGCUAACAAAAAUCAGCCUGGUUACACCCAUAAUCAGUGCUCACCUUCCUAUUCGGUAUCCUGCUGACGAGCUACAAAAAAGUGAUUUAUGGAGAUAAAUAAAAAUGUAAAGAAGGUGUGGGGGGGGAGUCGGACGCUAAAGGUCACUAUAAAUACACAGAGACUUCGCACUCGCACUCAGAGUGUCACCGACACCGAGGGAAGCAGGUAACCAUCACCUCCAGCCCCAGAAGAUCCCCAGGAACCAUGAAGCUGCAGCUGCCCAACCCAGGUCUGGAGGAGCGGAUCCCGUCUCACCAGGAGCUGGAGAAGAUGGAGGUGGAGGAGGCCGGGGACAGACCCAAAUGGGACAAUAAGGCUCAGUACAUGCUGACCUGUGUGGGCUUCUGUGUGGGUCUGGGUAACGUCUGGAGAUUCCCCUACCUGUGCCAGAGUCACGGAGGAGGUGCGUUCAUGAUCCCAUUCCUGAUCCUGCUGGUCCUGGAGGGAAUCCCUCUGCUGCACCUGGAGUUUGCCAUUGGCCAGCGACUCAGGAAGGGCAGUGUGGGGGUCUGGACGUCCAUUCAUCCCUACCUCACUGGUGUGGGAAUCGCCUCCAUGUUUGUGUCCUUCCUGGUUGGACUGUAUUACAACACCAUCAUUGCCUGGGUCAUGUGGUACUUCUUCAACUCCUUCCAGGAGCCACUGCCAUGGAGUCAAUGUCCUAUUUAUGAAAACAGAACAGGCCUGGUGUCAGAGUGCGCCAGGAGCUCCCCAGUGGAUUACUUCUGGUACCGGGAGACCCUCAAUACUUCAAAAGUCAUAGAGGAUUCUGGCGGCCUGCAGUGGUGGAUGAUUCUGUGCCUGAUAUGUGCCUGGACCGUUCUCUAUGUCUGCUGCAUCAGGGGCAUUGAGACCACUGGCAAGGCUGUGUAUGUGACCUCCACGCUGCCAUAUGUGGUCCUCACCAUCUUCCUGGUUAGAGGACUGACACUGAAAGGUUCAGUGGAUGGAAUAAAGUUCCUCUUCACUCCAGAUGUAGCUGAGCUGGCAAACCCCUCGACCUGGCUGGAUGCUGGAGCCCAGGUGUUCUACUCAUUCUCCUUGGCCUUUGGGGGUCUCAUCUCCUUCUCCAGCUACAACUCAGUGCAUAACAACUGUGAGCAGGAUGCGGUAAUUAUUUCCAUAAUAAAUGGCCUCACCUCUAUCUACGCUGCCACCGUCAUCUACUCCAUCAUUGGAUUCCGUGCCACCGAACGGUUUGAUGACUGUCUUGGGGGGAAUAUAUUGGCAUUGAUGAAUACAUUUGAUCUUCCUGAAGGAAGCAUCACGCAGAGUAACUAUAGUGAAGUUCUGCAGUAUCACAACAUAACGUCUCCAGAUAUUAUUCAAAGUUUGAACCUGAAGACAUGUGACUUGAACACAUUCCUAAGUGAGGGAGUCGAGGGCACCGGUCUGGCCUUUAUCGUCUUCACAGAAGCCAUCACCAAGAUGCCAGUCUCCCCACUGUGGUCCAUUCUCUUCUUCAUCAUGCUCUUCUGUCUGGGGCUCUCGUCUAUGUUUGGAAACAUUGAGGGCGUGCUAGUGCCUCUGCAAGACCUCAAAGUCAUUCCCAAGAACUGGCCCAAGGAAGCCAUCACAGGUUCAAUAUGUGUGGUCUCCUGCAUCAUAGCUCUGAUAUUCGUGCAGAGGUCCGGUAAUUACUGGCUGGCUCUGUUUGACAACUUUGCUGGUUCUAUCCCAUUACUGAUCAUCGCCUUCUGCGAGAUGGUGUCUGUGGUUUACAUCUAUGGGAUAGACAGGUUCAAUGAUGACAUCAGGUUCAUGAUUGGCCACAAGCCCAACAUCUUCUGGCAGUCGACAUGGAGGUUCAUCAGCCCAUUAAUCAUGCUGGUCAUCUUCCUCUUCUACUUCAUCACCAAAGUCAGUGCAGAACUCACCUACAUUGUCUGGAACCCCGACUCGCCAAGCUUUCCCACCCAGGAGAAGAUUCCAUAUCCAGACUGGAUCUACACAAUAAUCGUCAUCCUGGCUGGGGUUCCCAGUGCAGUUAUUCCCGCCACAGCCUUGUUUAAAUUCAUCAGGAGGCGCUGCUGCUCAAGAAGCAAUAAGCACGAGUCAGACUCCGUCAGCACCAUCUCUGAUAAAGUGCAGAUGAGCCUGGACCCAUAGAGCCCAGCCGAACAUCUCAGCGAAGGCUCGAUGGCCGGAAGGAAACCGGAGCGCUUUCAGAGACUGGAAACACUUGGAACAGAACGGGUUCGCAGGAAGUUCAAAAAGUGACAGAAAUGCACGCAAUAACAGAGGAAAAUUUACUGAGGACUUAUUAAUUAGCAGCUGAUUUUAACGGGGCUUUUGUUUUGGCAAACUGUGCUUAAAAUUCUUUUUGAGCAUUUUCAUAACACGAUGGAAAGAUAGAUCAAGACUAAAUAUAGACCUUCUAUUAUUGCUGUACCUGAAACUUCAUUUUCCAAAGACCCUGUGCUCAAAAAAACCAGUGACUGGCUCUUCAAGUUGCCUUUGUACUGUUGUAAUGGACUGGUGCCUAAUGAGAGAUGUGCACCAACUUCAAUCCUAAACCACAUCCAUCCCAUCCAUUUCCUGUAGCCGCUCAUCCUAUUCAGGGUCAGUGGGAAGCUGGUCCAGAGCCUCUUCCAGGGCAGCAAGGCAGGGUACAUCCCAGGAUGGGGUGCUACCCCAUCACAGGGCUCAGUCACACCCCAUUCAUGCCUACGGGCAAUUUGGUAACUCCAGUUAACCUCAGAAUGUUUUUGGACUGCGGUGGGGAACCAGAGCACCUGGAGGAAACCCCUCGAUGACACGGGGAGAUCAUGCAAACUCCACACACACGGAGUUACGGCAGAGACUCGAACCCGGGUCCCGGCAGUGUGAGGCAACGGUGCUAACACUGCGCCACACUACCUCCUUAUUUCUCCUCUUAUAUUAAAACAUCCUUGUUAAUGUAAAUUAAAACCUUUUGCUAAAAACAAUCACUGACUUUGGUACUUUGAUUUACUUUCUUUUUAAGUAUAGGAAUAGCUUCCUUUUGGUUCGUUUCUCUAAAUUGUAAAUCGAGAUUUUUUUUCUGAUGAAUUGUUUCUUCCUCAGUGCUGUUGACUGGCUGUAAAUGAGUCCUCUGGUCCUUGUGCUAAAGGUCGCUAAAGACACACAGACACCACACUUUGAGGCACGCAGACAGCGAGCCAAUUUACCAACUUACCAGUACUGGAUGAUAAUGAACAAGAAACUGCAGCUGUUUUAAAUAUUUCAGGGUUAAUCAUUACCAAGUUACUGUUAUAUCCUCACCUUUUUAGUGAAUAUUACGAAACUGGAGGUUAAUCUCAUGGUUACCUCAGCAGUUUCGAGCAGCAUGGUUUGAGGUCAGAAUAGUACUGUAGUAAGUAUGGUAAAAUUUGGAGUUAUUUGGUAUGCUUGCAUGCUGUCCUCAUGUGUCUACUUUGCACAAGGCCAUGUGACAAGGGCUGG